AUGAAAUUCACCCGAGCGGAUUGGGAACAGCAUGUUGCGAACAAUCACGUGCCGUACCGCCGUGAUUGUGCAGUUUGCGUGCACGGUGCCGGAAACGGCCGCCGCCACCACGGUAUAGUUCACCCGGAUGUGUAUUGCAUGUCAGCCGACAUUGCGGGGCCCAUUCGUGUGAAGGGCAAAGACCCAGAAAGCCGCAACCACCGACCAGCCACGUUCAAGUACUUCCUCGCUGUGUUCCCACGGCUCAAAGGAGUGAAGGAGAAGUCAGACCCCAGCCAAACCGAGGGGUUUGAUGAUGCAGCACUCCUCCCGGGAGGGACGGAUGACCUUGCAGAUGAGGCCUUUCCCGCAGCAGAAGGCCCCCCGCGCGAGGAUUACGAGGACUCCCUCUACGAGCCAAGUUUAGCGGAAGAAGAGGAGGAGGCGGAAGGUGAAGGAGUUGAAGGGCCUAGGGAGUUUGCAGCCAAAGUUGCCGAGGAGCAUCCCUGGGAGUCAGCCAGGUGUGAACUCGAAACACCGCCUGACAUGGCGAGGCUGGUGUUUGCAUUUGUAGGAGACUCGCUUGAGGAGGAGCGCACGCCACCUCCACGCAGGGUUCGCGGCAAGCGGUCUGCUGGUGUGAGACUUGACGAUGUCUUUGCACUUGACCCGCCGCCUCCCUUGCCGCCGCCAGCAGAAGCUCCACACCCGGAAGGGCCUGUGUCACCGGUUGAGGAGGAGUCUGCCCGUGUAGCGCGCUUGAGUCUGCAAGACCUUGAAGGUUUAGCUACGGAGCUUAUCGAGGACGACUGGGACCUUCAUGAAGCGUUGUGGGUGUUAGCCGACGGAUCCACAAAUGUAGUCCUCCCUUUGAAGCUCCCGCCUAACGGAGGGGAUUUGUGGAUAGAACUCAAGCCUGGUGACCUAGUCAGUGGCCCUGUAGAGGAGCGGGUAGACGGCAAAGGCAGGCGCUGGUUAGGGACAACUCACAAGUUAGAGCGCGGUAAGCCCUUCUUCCUAGACCCUACUCGCCGCCACGCCACCACUCCCUGGAAGAGUGAGAGAGCAGUCCUUGUCGGCUACACUGUCAACACGUUAGGCAAAGAGCUUGAGCACGAGUUUCAAAGCCUUGAAGCUUUAGGUUUUCCACUCCCAGCGUCGGUACGUUUACCGCUGAUUGAGCAGCAAGACGUGAGACGUCUAGACGCGUUUGACUGCUUCGAAGAAGAGCCCCUUCAGGAGACAACGGCACGUCACCCUGACGGGAAGACUUCUGAGUUAGCGCCCGGACUUUGCUUAAAGGAGGAGUCUGAGCACGCCCUGCUGGCUUGCCAACCAGACACCGAGACACAGGUUGAGGAGGAGGAGAGCUUAAGCGAAGACUCCUUGCCGGAGCAACCAGUGCUGUGGGAGUUGUGGGUUCCAGACCCGCAGACAGGUCAGCAGCUGUGUGUUCUCAGGUCUGACGACUCGGACGCGAGUGAAGCUUGCACCCUUUGCAAGUCUGAGCCGGUUUACACUACCAACGUGGAGCUUUUGCUUGACGGGUUGCAAGAACCACUGCAGGUAGUCCACACUGUAGACCCUCGGGAUGCAGAGCAAUGCGUCGAGAAGUGGAUGCCGUCCAUUCACAAAGAGAUCGGUGUCAUUGAGAAGGCUGUGCGGCGACUGCCCCCUGCAGAGGUCCGUUCGGGAGGUUGGCUUAGGCGUAAGGAAGUGAAGGUAGUUCCGUCUAAGUUUGUGUUUACAGUCAAGCCACCAGACCCUUCUGAGGGUGACGCUGCCCUCGCUACCCGGAAGGGUCAAGCUUACCACAAACGCAAGGCUCGCUUGGCCUACAGUGAAACUCAAGCUGUGGGCACUGGGACCGUGGCGCAGCAAGACCUGCAGAUGAGUACCUUCGCUGUCCUGCUCGCCUUCUUUCAGGUCGCAGGGGCUGCCAGCCAGACAACGGACGAGGAAGAAGACUUGUCUCUCCCCGUGUCGCUUGAUGCAGAUUUGAUGUUGGCAGCAUCCAUCAUCUGCAUUGGUAUCUGCUUCAUUGCAGUGUGGGAGUUCUUCAAGUGGUGCCUUCAAGGCAUCAUCUCCCGCCGAGAGGCAGGGACACCCGUGUUGUCUCUGAGCCCCCGCAAGGCGCGCAAGUUACAGCGCCUUCGAGAUCAAACUGCGCAGGCCAUCCAGGCCGAGAUCUCUGCACGUGAGGAGGCAGCAAGCUCGCAGUCUGUUGCUGCAGCGCCCAGACGCCGCCCCUCACAAACAACUCGCACGCGUGAGCAGGCAGGUGGAGCACCAACGCGUUACUUUGCAACACCCGAAGGGACCAAGCUCCACCGCACUAAGUCCUGUUCCACGCUCGCCCACUCGCACGGGUUUGUUGAGUUCCAAGUGUGCCAGCAGUGCCACGGGAGCGCUGCAGACCACACCCAGCACAGCACAGGGUAG